GCAGGAGGAGGAGCCGAUGAACUGGGUCACAUGGUUGCGCACAGUUCGCUCCUCGAAACAGUCACAGCAAAAGCAGUCCGCCAAACCUACUGGAGUCGCGCCUCCUCUCGCAGCCCCAAUUCUCUUAUUAUCUCUGAAUGGUGAACGGGUUUUUAUACAUUUAUUUCGUGUUACACUGAAAAACCGACGAGCUCUUAUUUUUGAUUUAUUGGGAGAGAAGAAUUUAGCACGACCGACGAAAAUUUGCGUAUUUUUGGCGUCGUUGAACGCAAUCUCUGAAAACUUCGGUCUCUUAUCUAACAUUUCUUUCCUCCUUUUGAUCAGGUCGUUGUUAUUUCUUAUUUGUCUGAAGUGUAUGCAGUCUUCAGCAGGUUUGGGUGUCGUUGAUUUAAUGUGGUAGUAUCUCAGUCGGUAUCAAUCAGCGACUUUGCAGUUGCUGAUCACUAAAACAGAAACACGGAUUCUGCACUGAGGUAGCAGAGGAGGAGGAAAACCCCCCAAAACACAGGACAUGGAGUCUACAAAGGCUGGAGGCGUAAUAGCCUACAUCAGCUCAUCCAGCUCCAGCUUGAGCCCGGAGUCAUGCCACAGCGACUCCUCCAAUGGCAGCUACCAGUCAUCCUCGCCGUCUCACGGCUCCUCACCCAGCCGCAACCAGCUGGGUCAGCCGGCAGCAUUCCCCGCUGACGGCAAAAAACUUCCAGGGACUCAAAAAAGCGGACGCUCAUCCUCCACUGCAAAAUGUGGAAUCACAAAAAUCAAUGGCCUGGUGCUGCUUUGUAAAGUGUGUGGCGACGUGGCGUCUGGUUUCCACUACGGCGUCCAUGCGUGCGAGGGAUGCAAGGGCUUCUUCAGGAGAAGCAUCCAGCAAAACAUCCAGUACAAGAAGUGCCUUAAGAACGAGACCUGCCCCAUCAUGAGGAUCAACAGGAACCGCUGCCAGCAGUGCCGCUUCAAGAAAUGCUUGAUGGUUGGGAUGUCUAGAGACUCUGUGCGCUUUGGCCGGAUCCCCAAGCGUGAGAAACAGCGCAUGCUGCUGGAGAUGCAGAGUGCCAUGAACAACAUGAUGAACAACAACCAACUCAACAGCAGCCAGACGCUUUCUAUCGGCCAACCGCUGAUAGCUAGCGCUACAGAAGCUACCUCAGAGGACACAAGCACCACCUCCUCCUGCUCUCCAUCCAACCAAUCAGACUCCAGCUCUGAGCCUGAACCCACAGUCGCCAUGGACACCAGCCCCAGCUCGGUUUCCCCUCGCUCAUCGGACAGCGGGGAGGAGGAAGUGAUCGGCUCAGUGACCAGGGCUCACCAGGAGACCUUCAUGUACAACCAGGAGCAGAGCAGCCUGGCAGUGGAGGCCCCGGCCCCCUCAGGCCCCCUGAACAGUGGCUCCGCCCAAAACACCACUACCAAGAACCGGGCCGAGGAGCUGCAGGACUCCUGGAAGAACUGCCACAACAACAUGGUCACCAUUUCAUCACAGGAGGCCUCUGCCAGCCUGGCCCCCCGGCUUCAGGAGGACACCAACCACUGCCCCUUCAGACUGUCAAGGACUGCUGCCACCAGCCACUGCCCAGCCUACAAUCAUGGAGCGUUCAGAGCUCCGCCCACAGAGGGGUUCACCAACGGAGCCUUCAAUGGGCCCCACUGGAGAGGAGGCAACAGGAUGUACCUGCUUUGUCCCAUGAACACGUCUGCUCAGGUGGACCCUCAGAAGUCCGGCCACGAGGUGUGGGAGGAGUUCUCCCACAGCUUCACCCCUGCUGUCAGGGAGGUGGUGGAGUUUGCCAAGAAGAUCCCGGGCUUCAGAGACCUGUCCCAGCCGGACCAGGUCAGCCUGCUGAAGGCCGGCACCUUUGAGGUGUUGGUGGUUCGCUUUGCCUCUCUGUUUGACUUGAAGGACCGCACCGUCACCUUCCUGGGUGGGAAGAAGUACAGUGUGGACACUCUGAAGGCCAUGGGGGCCGGAGACCUCCUCAAUUCCAUGUUAGACUUCAGUGAAAAACUCCUCAACCUCGGCCUGAGCGAGGAGGAGAUGAGCCUCUUCACUGCUGUGGUUCUGGUCUCUGCAGACCGUUCCGGCAUAGAAAACGUGAACUCAGUGGAGGCCCUGCAGGAGACUCUGAUCCGCGCCCUGCGAAGCCUCAUCACCAAGAACCACCCGAACGAGUCGGCCAUCUUCACCAAGCUGCUGCUAAAGCUGCCUGACCUGCGCUCGCUCAACAACAUGCACUCUGAGCAGCUGCUCGCCUUCAAGGUCCAUUCCUGAAGACUCCUGUAGUACUUGACACAACACAAACUGUAACGGCUGUGAUCGGACCCGGGGGCCACACCUCCCAUCCCAACCAAACCUGCACCUCUCCACCUCUCCCAUGAUGCUUUGAAAGCUCAAACCUGACAUUUACAGAGGGAGGAAGACCAUAAAAUGUUCUUGUACUGUACUGUAGGGCGUAACAGCCUGUGUGAUGGUAAUGCGUACAUACAGACACACUGAUAGAUGUAUAUGUUUCUUGUGUUUGUGUGUAGCAUACUGUUUGUUUGCAAGUGUACAAAUGUUAGAAGCACUUUUCUGUAUAGCGUAGGCUGGUAUUUUUGCAUUCAUAGUGCAAUAUGUGAAUGCUUUUAUGAUUUGAGCUGUUUAGCUAAGAGUUGAGUAUGUGCUUCUCAGUGGCACACAUUAAUCUGAAGAGGUGCUAAUGUGACGCAGGGCGAGUUAAAAACACAAGACCCCUGAACACUGAGCGACUGACGAGGAGGAAUUGUCUUUAAAUUUAAAGAAGCAGACGACAACGAGAUGAAUGUUGAGGUCGGAGGAAUUGGAGGAUGUUUUAAAAUUGAAUGAAUUAGGGAAGCAAACAAAGACAAAGUUUUAUUUCAGGCUUUCAUGCAGUUUUUUUUUUUACAUGCUAUGCUGUGUUUUUGUAGUUUCGGGUCAUUUUCUAAAUUAUUUGGGCAUUGUGACAAAUCAAAUAUCAGUGUUGCUGUAUUGCUUGCUGAUUUCUGCACAUUGGAAACGGAGACGCUCUGAAACAACAAAAUCAGAUCCUGGACGCGUUUGGACAUCUUGGAGACACAUUUUCCUCUUUAUAAAAAAAAAAAAUAAGAGAGAGACCCAGGUGUCCGCUGUCCUGUGUUGGUGGCAACCUCCCCUCCGGCUCAGACGCAGGUUAACGUCUCGCAGCCACCAGCAGUUCCCUCUUUGAAGGCACGUCGUCUCUGUUCUACAAACUGUACAGACUCUAGCUGAGCGUAGAUGAGCUGAAUAGGUAUUCCACAUAAAGUUCUGAUUGUAACUGAAGUGAUUGUAAUUUGAAGCUGAGUUGCUGGUGUUCAGAUAUUUUUCGCGAUGCCAUCUUUUUGUUCCCCGUCGGUGAAUUCAGAAUGUCUGGCCUUUUUGAUAUCCAGAGCUUCAGUUAUUGUGUUAACAUUGUUGACAUGUGGUUCUGUUCUCCUCUGUGAAAGGAUUGCAGUAUGCAUAGAUUUAUAUAUGAAUAUAGUAUACAAACUAUCAUACAUACAUAAUGUAUAGAUGAAUAUAUCUAUAUAAAUAAAUUUUAUAAAUGCAGA